AUAUAAAAAAUUCUCAAACAACACCAUUCGCAGAGAACGCGUUUUAUUACGAAAACUUUAAUGAAUUAAAUAAUAAAAUAUUUCAAUAAAAAUUAGUUCAAAACUAUAUAAUAUAAAUUUUAAGUUGUUUUUUUUACAAAAAAUUUUGAAACACUAAAGACAUGGGAAACGCCGUUUCUGUCGCCCACAUGCAGGCUGCCCAAGGGGCUGCUAGUAUGCCCAAAACUCAUGAACACAUGAUGGCCUCGGGUGUAAACCCCCCGCCAGAAUGCCCAAUGCAUCAAAAAGAAGGUGGAGCUGCUGCUGCCACUAAACCACCACAUCCAAAAAUGGAAGCCACAACCGUAUCUGCCUCUGAAUGCCCCGUCAAACAUGACAACAGUGAUGUUAAUCCCUUAAAUAUGAUGCCACCUCCCAAUCAACAGCCCUCACCAGGUCAACCCUUCUCUUUGUCCACCGAACGCCAGACCUCGACGAUACCCAAGGUCUCCGAAGAUGGCUCACAACAAUUUUGGCAAUAUCCCAGUCAACAAAUGUUCUGGAACGCUAUGCUGCGCAAGGGUUGGCGUUGGAAGAACGAAGAUGUAUCGCAAAAAGAUAUGGGCGACAUCAUUCGUAUUCACAAUGCUAACAACGAACAGGCCUGGCGUGAGGUUUUGAAAUGGGAGGCUUUACAUGCUAAAGAGUGUGGUAAUCCACGUCUAAAGAGUUUUGGUGGCAAGGCUAAGGAUUUCAGUCCACGUGCCCGUUUCCGCAGUAUGUUAGGCUACGAAUUACCUUUCGAUCGUCACGACUGGAUUGUUGAUCGUUGUGGCAAAGAUGUGCGUUACGUUAUUGACUACUACGAUGGUGGUGUGGUCGACAAUGACUAUAAAUUUGCCAUACUUGAUGUUCGCCCAGCUUUAGAUUCUGUUGAUAAUGUAUGGGAUCGUAUGCGUGUGGCCUAUAUGCGUUGGAAAUUCGCAGCACUCGAUAUGGUCAAAGGUCCGGCUGAGUCUUCCACAAGCAGUGGCAAAGUAGACCAUUAAAUCACUUUUCAACUCUAACUACCAUUAAACGUAAAGGAAACUAUUAGGUUAAAUAAAAUAUACAUACAUACUUGUGUAUAUACUUAAAUGUUUUUAAUUUAUCUUCAAAUUAUAGAUAUCAAACAAAAAUUAGACUUUAUGUAAAUUUUACAAAACUGAAAAAAACAAAUCAUUUGUCGGACAGUUUUUCUUUUGUACCACAAACUUUAUUUUUUUUUUAUUACAUAUUUUAUUUUUUGUACAAAUGAAAAACCCUGUAUAAAUGAUUUUAUUAAAAUUAUUUAUAAAUUGUUAAUGCAAAUUUACAGACAUGUUAUUAGUAGUAUUUAAUAGAUAUGAAUACAUCCAAUUGGACAAUUUAGUUUAAGAUAUUUGUGUUUAAAUUUCUUUCCAAUGGCUUAUGCAAUUUUAUGAUCAUAUUGUGCCAUUAGCCAUUAGUUACAACUUCAUUUUCUCAAUUAUCUUAUCGUAAAAUGUUUAAGAAAACGUUGAUAAAAACGAAAUAGUGUUAAUACUUAAAUGCAAUAACAAUAUAAAAAUACCAAAUACUGAA